UAGGAAGACCGCGAAGAAGUCACUGAGUUCGGCAGUGGCGAGCUAAAAUAGGGAAGCUACGAGCUCGGAUCGUAACAAGUGGUAUCCAGAGCAGUCGAUCUCCGGAAACUGGAACGGUGACGCGAGGCGCUGAAAUGGAGAAGAAAAUGGCGGAAUUGAUGGAUCAGAAGUUAAGUGAGCGUGAUCAAGUCAUUCAUGAGCAGGAAAUCCAAAUUUUGGAAUUGAGGCAAGCAAUCGCUACGAUUAAUUUGCAGAAUCAGAAAAACAACGCAGCAAUGGAUAAUGGUGAAGGAAGUAGCGAAGGAAAAUCAGAUUGGGGAAGAUCUACUCGAUAUGAGUUUCCUAAAUUUGAUGGUGAAGGAUUUGAAGGUUGGAUGAUGAGAGCUGAAUAUUUUUUUCAAGUAGCAAGGGUACCAGAGGCGGAGAAAGUAAAGGUAGCAGCAAUUCAUAUGGAAGGAAAAGCUCUCCAAUGGCAUAGAGGAUUUUUGACUCUACAUGGAAAUGAGGCGUAUGUUGAUUGGAGAUAUUACAUCUCGUGCGUAGCAGCUCGCUUUGGAGCUCAUGCUUUUGAGGAUCCGCUUGCAGAUCUGAGGAAUCUCAAACAAAAAGGUACGCUACAAUCAUACAUGGAUACUUUUGAUGAGUUGUAUCCGAGAGCUAGUAUAAGAGAGGAUCAAGCACUUAGUUUUUUCUUAUCUGGACUUAUUGAUGAACUACAAAUGCCAGUGAGAAUGUUUAAACCUAAGAGCUUGGCUGAGGCUUACUCAUUAGCUAAAUUGCAAGAACUAACUGUGAAGGCUUUAGGAAUUAAGCCUAAGGUGAUGCAGAGUAAUGUGUAUUCUAAUAGCAGUUAUUACUCGAGUAGUAAGCCCCUGGCAGUCACCACUAAUAGUAAACCUGUGGUGAAUACUAACAAUUGGAGUGGAGGUAAUAAGGAGCCUAAUCGUUUGGGUGGUGUUAGAGCUAGCACUAAUCUAUCACCCAAAGAAAUGGAUGAAAAAAGAGCUAGGAAGGAGUGUUUCUGGUGCACUGAAAAAUUCACUCCUAAUCAUCAAUGUUCUAAGAGGAAAUUUUAUGUUAUACAACUGAUUGAGCUGGGAGACACAGCAGAAAGUGAGGAACAAGCAGAUUUGGCAGAUGAAACAAGGGCUGGUGAAGAACCGGAUCUCCAGCUGUCUUUACAUGCUGUUUGGGGUAAGAAUGGACCUCAACUGAUGAGGAUUAGGGGAAUCUGUCAGAAAAAGGCUUUAAAGAUCUUAAUUGAUACUGGGAGUACUCAUAACUUCUUGAGUUCCAGAGUAGCUAAAAAGAUUAAGUGUGAACUCACUGCAGUGAGCUCUAAGGCUGUAGAGGUUGCUAAUGGACAACUACUGCAAUGCAAUCAGAAAUGUAGUAGCCUUGAGUGGGAAAUGCAGGGAGCAACAUUUCAAGCUGAGGUCUAUCUUAUUCAUUUAGAAACUUAUGAUUUGAUAUUGGGUGGUGCUUGGUUGUCUACCUUGGGUGAGAUUACAUGGGAUUUCAACAAGCUGACUAUGCAAUUCAAAUUAUCUGGUGCGGUUGUGAAGUUGCAAGGAGAGCUAUGGUCACCAAAAUCUGAUCAAUUACAUUGUUUACAUAUCUGCAACCUGCAAGAAAAAGAUGAAAAUGAAAGAAAGAUCAGCCAGCUGAUGCCUUCAAUAGAAGAGGAAAUUUCCUUCUGUUAUGAGAUCAGUACAGAGGAAAUAUGGCCAGAACUUAAACUGAUAUUGGAUGAGAAUGAAGCCAUAUUUGCAGAGCCAAGUUCAUUACCACCACCGAGGGAGCAAGAUCACAAAAUCAUUUUGAAAGAGGGGUCUAAUGCUGUCAACAUAAGGCCCUAUAAAUAUGCUUCCAAACAGAAAGAUAUCAUUGAAACUAUGAUUGAUGAAAUGCUGAAAUCUGGAGUUAUAAGGCAUAGUGAGAGUUCCUUUGCUAGCCCUAUUGUUUUAGUCAAGAAGAAGGACUCAUCAUGGCGCAUGUGUGUGGAUUAUAGAGCUUUAAAUGCUAUCACGGUUAAGGAUAAAUAUCCUAUACCGGUUAUUGAGGAGCUUUUGGAUGAGUUGGGUGGGGCUACUUGGUUUUCUAAAAUUGAUCUACGGUCUGGCUAUUGGCAAGUUCGAAUGAGGCUGGAGGACAUCCAUAAAACAGCCUUCAAAACUCACUCCGGUCACUAUGAAUUUUUAGUGAUGCCAUUUGGAUUAACAAAUGCUCCGGCCACCUUUCAAAACUUGAUGAAUUCUGUCUUCAGAGAGCAUUUGAGGAAAUUUAUUUUGGUUUUCUUUGAUGACAUCUUGAUCUAUAGCAAAAGUAAGGAAGACCAUGAGUUUCACUUGAAGGCUGUGAUGAACUUAAUGAAGCAGCACAGCCUUCUAGCUAAGAAGUCUAAAUGUAGUUUUGGGUGUAGAAGGGUGGAAUACUUGGGACAUGUCAUUUCUGCUGAUGGUGUUGCUACUGAUGAAGCCAAGAUAGCAGCGGUUAAGAAUUGGCCAAGACCAAAAACGAUUAAACAUGUUAGAAGCUUCUUGGGUUUAACUGGAUAUUAUAGGCGAUUUGUAUACAAUUAUGGAGUCAUUGCUAAACCAUUGAUAGAGGUGACAAAAGGUGCUGCAUUUAGUUGGCCUGAGGAAGCACAAGAAGCUUUUGAUAAAUUAAAAAGUGCUAUGAUAUCUGCACCAGUUUUAGCUUUACCCGAUUUCUCCAAGGAGUUUGUAGUUGAAACAGACGCAUCUGGAGUGGGUAUUGGUGCUGUACUAAUGCAGGAGAAACAUCCUAUAGCUUUUAUCAGCAAAGCCUUAACUCCUAAACAUCAAGCCCUGUCUGUGUAUGAAAAAGAACUCUUGGCUAUCUUGAUGGCAGUAAAAAAAUGGUAUUACUACCUGCAAUGUAGGAGGUUUAUAAUCCUAACUGAUCAUCAGAGCCUCAAAUAUUUGGUUGAGCAGAAGUUGACAACUCCAACUCAACAAGCUUGGAUGACAAAACUUAUGCAAUUCGAUUAUGAGAUAAGGUACAAGAAAGGAUGUGAUAAUGCAGUGGCUGAUGCCUUAUCUAGGGUGCCAGAAUCUAUGAUAUUUGCUCUAACUUCUCUUAUAAUUCCCUUGGAAUUAAUUGAGCAGAUUAAGGAAUCUUGGAAAGCAGAUCAACAAAUUCAAUUAAUUUUGAAUGCAAAACAGACUGAUACUACUUCUCACCCUAAAUUUAGCUGGAAAAAUGGUGAGUUAAGGAGAAAUGGCAGACUUGUAGUUGGAAAUGAUGUAUUCUUGAAGGCCAAAAUUCUAACUAUAUUCCAUGAGUCUGCAACAGCUGGCCAUUCGGGUGUGUUGGGAACUUACAAGAGGAUCUCUGCCUUGUGUUAUUGGCCUAAGAUGAUGAAGGAUGUUAAAGAAUUUGUGAGGAUGUGCAAAGCUCCCGCGACUACUGUUUAUCGUGUUAAGGGAACUUCACCCUUAACAAUUGGUGCUUUCAUCUUCGUACUCAUGGCUAGUCAUACCAACGAAGAAAUCUAUAUUUCUUACCUAUGUGACCAGAUAAUGGCUGCCUGCAACAGAAUAAACAAGAAGUUGGACGUGAUGGACGAACAACAACGCUUGUUCACCUACACGGUUUCAUAUGCGACGCUGAAAUAUUCGGCGCCAGCCUACGUCACGCCUGGGCAAACAACGGCUGAGCACUACUUCCACAAUCAGCCGACGCCGUCAAAAGACUACCACCAUCAGCUUCCUCCUCCGAAAACCUACCAGCCGCCGCCGUCGACGUCUCCAACCACCUACCAGCAACCGCCUCUAACAUUAGCCACUACAGCCACCAGCCUACUCCACCAAAACCACCAGCCGCGGCCUUCAAACGCCCACCAGUCGCCACCGCCUCCAAACACCCACCAGCCACCGCGUCAAACUACGGCUGCACCCAUGGCACAGUGUCACAACUACCCCCAGCCGCCACUACCCUACCUCUAG